AUUAAAUUUGCAUUUUAUCCAAAAGUUGAGAAUGUGACAUUAUGUGGGGCUAAAACUUUAGCUUGAGCUUCAACUUCAAGCUUCAAAGGGUAAUAUAGUAAAUCAAAAGCGAAGUACUCUUGACAGUACAACUUGGUGAGGCUUAGCUGCUGGAAUCAUCACAAGUAAAAAUAAGUAUGGCUUCAAAUAAGACCGAAGACGAACACUUAAAAUUCCCUUAUGAUAUUGUUCCCAUCGAUCCAGAGAUCAAUUCCGAGCUUCUGGACUUCUUCCAUGGUGAACGUGAUGGAUUUGUACAAGUUGGACCGAGUAAAUAUUUUUUCGCUCAAAAUUUUAAAAAUUCAGCGGAAGGAUAUUACAAUUUUGAGGCUAGACAAAGUGACGUGUGGGUUGCGACUUUUCCUAGAUCCGGAACUACAUGGACUCAGGAAAUGGUUUGGUUAAUUUCAAAUAAUUUGAAUUUCAAGAAAGCCAGAGAUCAGCCACUUACAAAAAGAUUUCCAUUUUUUGAAUUCAACCACUGUAUGCAUCCUGAAGUGAAAAGUGAACUUCUUAGUGAAAACGCGAAUUAUCCAGAGAAACAGGAAUUCAUCGAAGUAAUAUCUCAGCCAGGCUAUGAGUUUUUGAAAAAUGUGACAGAACAAAGAUUCAUUAAAACUCAUUUACCAUUUUCACUAAUGCCAACGUCUGUUAUGGAGAAAAAGUGUAAAGUUAUUUAUGUAGCUCGAAAUCCAAAGGAUGUAGCAGUGUCCUUCUAUUAUCUCAAUAGACUCUACAAAACUCAAGGAUACGUUGGAGACUUUGAACGUUAUUGGACAUAUUUCGAGAAAGGACUGAAUACAUGGAUGCCAUAUUGGAGUCACAUCAAAGAAGGUUGGGAUAAUCGUCAUCAUCCAAAUGUUUUAUUUUUAUUCUAUGAGGAUAUGGUGAAAGAUUUGAGGAAAGUUUUAACUAAACUCUCCAAUUUCUUGGGAAAAGAACUCACCAGUGAAGAUUAUGAAAAUCUCAUGAAUCAUUUAAAUGUUGCAAAUUUUAAACAAAAUACAGCAAUAAAUGGAAAAGAAAUGAACGAUAUUGGAUUAACGAUUAAAGGGGAGGCUGCAUUUGUACGAAAAGGGACUGUAAUCGAUGGAUGGCAAGCAGAAUAUAGUGACAAAUUGAAAGCGAGAGCUGAGAAGUGGAUACGAGAGAAUAUGGAAAAGACGGGAAUAGUUUUCCCUGAAUGAAAUCAUUUGAAUAUGUAUAAUUUUAAUUUCAUUUGAAUUUUGUUUUUGCACAUAGACAUAGCUUUAUUGUAUUUACAUACCUACAAAAAUACCUGAUACUAUUUUUUAAAACAUAAAAAUAAACUAUAUAAUGGCUUCUCAGAGAUUUAACUAUCAAU